UCCAUUUGUAGCCACUCAGCGGGGUGACAAAGUGCUUUUCAUUCAAUGCAGGAUGACUCUUUCAGAGGCUCUUGUCUGUCUCUCAUGUGUUUUCUUAUGGAACAAGGCCGAGAUGACUGAUUUGGAGACAUUUGUGGAUCACAAGACAGGCUUUGUAUUGGCUGAUGUUGGUGGCAAUGUGACUCUACAAUGUUCUUUUGACAAAGAAGAGGCCAGUUAUUUUUGGUACAAGCAAUCCCUGGGACAGAAACCGCAGCUGAUCUCCAUGAGUUACAAAUUAGACAAAGGAAGUACUUUUUACGGGAGGUUCACAGACGACCCACGAUUCAGUCUGGAAACUGAAGUAGGGAAGAGUCGGUUAAACAUUUCCAAUUUGCACUCUUCAGACACAGGAACAUACCUCUGCGCCAGCAGCCUUUCAGUCCUGCUCAAGUUUGUGAAGGGUGUUACAGUUGUUGUGAAAGAUUCAGCGGUGGGAGGCGAAGCUUUGGUCCGCCAGGCGGCAUCUGAAACCGCAUGGCCAGGGGACUCCCUGACUCUGAACUGCACGGUCCAGACUGGGAGCUGCCGGGGAGAACGCAGAGUUUACUGGUUCAGAAAGUCCUCAAAAUAUGAUCCAGGACUCGUUUAUGCCUGUGGAGCCACGGCGGACCAAUGUCUAACAAGUCCCGACACGCAGACUCACACCUGUCUGUAUAAACUGCCAAUGGAGAACAUUAAAAAGUCUCACGUUGGGACUUAUUACUGCGCUGUUGCCUCCUGUGGACGGAUAGCGUUUGGAAAGGGGACGAAAUUGGAAUUGGAAAGUGAGGCGGUAUCGCUGGGGUAUUUGGCGUAUUUCUUAUGUGCAGCUGUGAUUUUCACCAUCGUCCUAAAUGUUUUGCUGGCCAUCAAACUGUACAAGGAACACAACAAAGACAGCUGCCAAACCUCAGUAUUUCAAGGAAAGUCUUUGUUUUGUCCAGCUGCAGAUGGAGAGGAAGACGGUCUCCAUUACGCUGCUGUUAACGUGAACCAGCCCACCCGAUCAAGAGGACAGAAGAAAAGUCAAGAGACCGAGUGUGUUUACUCCUCUAUGAAACAGUAGAUUGAGCAGAUUUUUGUCUUAAAUGUGUUUCAGUUGGCAGGUUUGGAGUUUAAAUGAUUAUGUAUAAAGAAACUGAGUUUGACGCCCCUGACCUAUUUCAUCCCAAACUUUACAUUCCUGGCUGAUGUCUUGAAAUGUCGCUUCAGUGUUUCCACGUAUUGUGGGAAACGCACCAGUUCUUCCAGCUGGAAAACACCAACAUACUGGGAUUCUGUCACACUCGUCCUUUAACGUUGGGACAAUACUGUGAGAUUUGAAAGCUUCUCUCGUUUUACUCACAAAUAAAGCAAUUGUCGUUUGAGUAAACAAA